AUGAAGGACUCCUAUCAAGUCUGGCUGGUUUGUGGGACUCGAGAGGCAGCUGACAGAGGUUCUGGCAAACGAUCCGGCACUGUUUUCAGUGUAGGUGGGGAUCUGCUGACUUCAACUGAGGAUCUCCUCAAUCCUCCUGACACACCUUCCCUUAAGGAAGCAGAGGCUGAGAACUCUGGGUGGAGCUGUCCAUCAGCCAAGCUGAUGUCAGUGAGGGCAGAUGGGAACCGUAUCUCUGGACAGGCAGACUGGAGUGGAGGUUCCCCUUUUCAAGAAGGGGGCCCGGAAGGUCCACUUUAUCCAAUUUCUGGAGAUGCAACCCCCCAAUCAGAUGAUGGAAGUUCUCCACAAAUUACUCUGCAAAAGCCUUUUUUCUACUUUGAUCAAAGAUACAACAGCAUUUAUGUCAACAACAACGGACAUUUGACCUUUACUUCUUCAUAUUGGUCAUAUACACCUCAAAGAUUCCCACUCUAUGGAUCUAUGGACAUAAUCGCUCCAUUCUGGACAGAUUUGAACAACGCUGAGGGUGGUUCAAUUCUCUACAACCAAUACACCAGUGGCAGUGUCCUCCAACAAGCUACUCAGGACAUUAAUAUCUACUUCCCAAACCUCAGCUUCAGUGCUGAGUGCGUCUUUGUGGCAACAUGGUAUGAAGUGGCCUACUUGGGAAAUCCAGGAUCAAGCGUAACUUUCCAAGCUGUAUUGAUCUCUGGUGGCCAGCACUCAUUUCUACUCAUGAACUACGGAGUUAUCGAUUCGACUGAGCGGACUGUGCAGGCUGGCUAUGACACAAUAAACUCGUAUUACCAUUUGACCAUUCCUGGAUCUUUCUCGAGUUCUGCAACAGGCGUCAACUCAACUUUUAGUCAUGGCAGCAACGUCAAUGUAACGGGUCGCUGGGCCUUCCAAGUAGACAGCGGACCAAGAGGCUGCCGGUUUAAUGGUGAACCCGUUCAGCUGGGUGAUUCUUUUUGGAGUGACUCCAGCUGUACACAAAAGUGCACGUGCACCACAACGGGCCUGCAGUGCUCUAACCAACCCUGCUCCUUCUCCCAAGUCUGCAUGCCAAAUUCCUUUCAGUUCUCUUGUCAGACGGUGCAUAAACGCACCUGUACCAUCAGUGGAGAUCCACAUUACUACACCUUUGAUAAUACAGUGUUUCACUUCCAAGGCACCUGCACCUAUGUUCUCUCAGAACAGUGUCAGAAUGGGCUGCCUUAUUACAGAGUAGAGGGCAAAAACGAGCACAGAGGCAGCACUCAUGUGUCAUGGACACGUCUAGUCAAGGUUUUUGUCUACGAUGAAACCAUUGAGCUUGUGAAAGGAAACCCAGGAAGAGCAAAGGUUGAUGGAAGCUUUACAGCAACUCCUUUUUCCAUGAAUCAAGGCCGUGUCCAGGUCUAUCAAUCAGGUUUUUCUGUGGUUGUCAGCACGGACUUUGGCUUAACCGUAUCUUAUGACACAUAUUCACAUGUUGGAAUCAGUCUGCCCUACACUUACCAGAAUGCAACAUGUGGACUGUGUGGAAAUUUCAACAACCAGCCUGGAGAUGAUUUCCGAACUCGUCAAGGCGAGGUCGUCAGCUCUGAUGUAGUUUUUGCCAACAGUUGGAGAGCAUCUGGUGAUGAUGAACCUGGUUGUGAACCACCGUGUGAAGGUCUGGAAUGUGCUGGCUGCAAUGCAGCUCAGACUGCUUUAUACAGCAACAAUGAACACUGUGGAAUCCUUCAGAACAGCUCUGGACCGUUUGCACCAUGCCACCAAACACUUCCCCCACAAAACUUUGUGGACAGUUGUGUUUAUGAUCUCUGUGUUGGUGGAGGAUAUCAACCCAUUCUGUGUCAAGCAUUAAAUGUAUACUCAAGUCAGUGUCAACAAAAUGGCAUCCAGCCUGAAAGUUGGAGAAGACCUGGAUUCUGUGAAAUCCCCUGCCCGGCCAAUAGCCACUUUGAGUCUCAAGCAAGUGGAUGUCCAUCCACCUGUGUCAAUCCUAACUCCACCCAAAACUGCCCCCUUCCUGUUCAGGAGAGCUGUGUUUGUGAUACCGGCUAUGUCCUCAGUGCUGGAGAAUGUGUUCCUCAUGCUGAGUGUGGCUGCAGCUUUGAGGGUUUCUAUUAUCAAUCAGGAGAGACUGUUAUAUUGGGUGGAGACUGUGGGAGGUGCUGCAGCUGCACUGCUGGCUCAAUGACAUGCAGCCCCUACAGCUGUGGUCCACAUGAAACCUGCAGUGUGGAAGAUGGAGAAAGAGGAUGCAGACCUAAUGGAUACGCCACAUGCUGGAUCAGGGGGGCAGGGUCCUAUCAAACAUUUGAUGGACUGACAUACCAGUAUCCUGGAGCAUGUAAACUGAUUGUCGCUAAAGUAGUGGGAUCAUCUGAUCAUCCACACUUCACUGUGUCAACAGAAAAAGUACCAAAAGGCCAGGAUGGAUUUUCAAAUUAUUUAAACAUUGAGGUUCAGGCAACAAAAGUCACCAUUGAAAUGGACAGCAGCAACAGAGUCUGGGUUGAUGGUCAACUGACUGUACUGCCCUUCAGUUCUGGAUCCAACCACAUCCGCAUCUUCCACAGCAACACUCACAGCAUCAUCCUUCGCACAUCUUUUGGUUUGACUGUACAAACGGUGUGGCCUCACUUUGUGCGUGUCACUGCACCUGUGGUCUACAGCAGCUCACUUGGUGGACUCUGUGGAAACUACAACAAUGAACCCAACGAUGACUUUCAAACACCAAAUGGAAUCCUGGUCCACAGUUCUCAAGUGUUUGGGGACAGCUGGCGAGAAGGCUCCCUGGCAUCUCACUGUGUGGAGAACUCAAAUCGCAACUCCAUGACUAAUUACAGUACCAGUGACUACUGUGGCAUUCUGAGAUCCCCACAUGGUCCAUUUACAUCCUGCUGGGCUGUGGUAGAGCCAUCACAGCAAGUGGACGUGUGUGUGGACAUCCUCCGUAGAUCUGAAGAUCCUGAAUCAACUCUGUGUGAGGUUCUACGAGAUUAUGCUCUGAUGUGCCAACAACAGGGGGUUUCUCUGGGAGAAUGGAGGAAUAGAACUGGUUGUGCAUUAACUUGCCCUUCAAACAGCCACUAUGAACUGUGUGGGACAUCCUGUCCUUCCGCCUGCCCCAGCCUCUCCUUCCCCUUCAGCUGUGACUCUCCAUGUCAGGAUGGGUGUCAAUGUAACGACGGUUUAGUCCUUAAUGGAAACCAGUGUGUGCCACCAACAUCCUGUGGAUGCUAUCAUCAAGGGCGCUAUUGGCAAAGUGGUCAGCAGUUUUGGGAUGGAGAAGAGUGUCAGAGUUUGUGCAGCUGUAAUGGAGUGACUGGUGUGGUCAAUUGUGAGCCGCACUCUUGUGGUCCUGAGGAGGCGUGUCGAGUGGUAGAUGGGGAGUUUGGUUGCCAUCCCAACCCUAGUGGUACCUGUUCUGCCUCUGGAGACCCUCACUACUUGACUUUUGAUGGGAAGACCUACGAUUUCCAAGGAACAUGUCGCUAUGUUCUAGCAGAGGUUUGCCACUCCUCCAGCGGGCUCCAUCAGUUUUCUGUGGAGGCAAAGAACGAGCCGUGGAAUGGGCUUCCCGUGUCCAUUACAGCUGAGGUCGCUGUUUCUGUGUGGGGCUAUAAAGUGUGGAUGUUCAGCAAUAACAGGGUAGAGGUUGAUGGAAUAACAAGAAACCUGCCAUUUGUCUUAAAUGGAAGCAUAUCUGUGUUUGCAAGUGGACAUCAAACUUUUGUUCGCACAAGUUUUGGUCUAAGCGUCACGUAUGAUGGAUGGAGCACGGUGACCAUCUCAGUUCCUCCAGAUUACAGAGGGAACAUGUGUGGACUUUGUGGUAAUUUCAAUGGCAAUCCAAAUGAUGACUUCCACACCCCAAAUGGAGCAUCAGUCCCAACACCAGAUGCUUUUGGGGCAUCCUGGAAAGCACCAGGCAACUACACCUGCAGUGAUGGCUGUGGCUCCUCCUGUCCACAAUGCACCAACGAUCAAACCGCCAGAGCUCAGUGUGAGGUGCUUCAGGCAGCUGACGGCCCUUUCAGCUUCUGUCACGAGCAAGUGGAUCCAGCACCGUUUUUCAGCGACUGCGUGUUUGAUGUUUGCGUGGGUGGAAAUGCAAGAAACGAUCUACUAUGCAGGGCAAUUGAGACAUAUGUGAGUGCAUGUCAGUCUGCUAACGUCCGGAUCUAUCCUUGGAGACAAAACACCACCUGCAGUGAGUCGCACUCUUGCAUCAAUUGCCCAGCAAACAGUCACUAUGAGUUGUGUGGAACAGACUGUGACCACAACUGUGUCACCAGCACUGAUGCCACCUGUGAGCAUGUUUGCUCUGAAGGAUGUUUCUGUGAUGAGGGCUUUGUGAGAAGUGGUACAACCUGUGUUCCUGUGGAGAGCUGUGGGUGUCAGUAUGAAGGCUUCUACUAUAAUGUUGGAGAGUCCUUCUGGAAAGAUGGCUGCACUGAGCUCUGUGGAUGCUUUGCCUCUGGCGUGCAGUGUGUUGCUGCAUCCUGUGCUCCUGCACAACAGUGCACCAUAAAGGAAGGCCAGCUGGGCUGCUAUGAUGCCAUGUCCACCUGCACUGUGUGGGGAGACCCACAUUACAUCACCUUUGAUGGGGCCCUGGCUCAUUUCCAGGGAACGUGCUCUUAUAUUAUUACUGAGACUGGAAGCCAUGGCAACAAUGACACCCGGUUUGAGGUUGUAGCCACCAACAAUCACCGUGGCAACAACUAUGUGUCAUUUGUAUCAUCAGUAGAUAUAAAUUUUUCCAAAAAUUCAGAGAGUGUGAAUGUGAGGAUUGGACCAAACAGAAGAGUAAAGGUAAAUGGAGCUGAAGCGUCUCUUCCAACAACUGCAGGAGCUUUAGCUCAAGUGUCAGCACAGGAUGGUUUUGUAGUCUUUGAUGCAGCUGACCUUAUCGUCCAGUUCGAUGGCCAGAGUACUCUAUUGGUCCGAAUGAGUAAGCACUAUCAGAACAAAGUCGGUGGGAUGUGUGGGAACUUCAAUGGAGAUCCUUCAGAUGAUAAAGUGAAACCGAGUGGCGUACUCGCCCAAAAUGACAGUGAGUUUGGACAAAGCUGGAAGUCACAGACCAGCCAGCCAGGAUGUGGAUCCACUGAUGAGAGAAAUGGAGAUGGACACUGUCGUUUUUCACAGGAAUACUCUGAACUCUGCAGCAUCAUCACCAACACCAGCGGUCCAUUCAGUGCCUGCCAUCUGCACUCUGACCCACAGCCGUUUUUCUCUUCCUGUGUCUAUGAUCUCUGUCUCUACUCUCCAGCCAAUGGCAUGCUGUGUUCUGCAGUUUCAGCCUAUGAGAAAACCUGCACUGUUUUAGGGUUGAGCAUCCCGGAAUGGCGCCCUGCUUUGCACUGUGCCUUGUCAGAUCCCUGUGAGGAGCUGGACUGCGCUGAACAUGAAUGGUGUGGAAAGAAAAAUGGGGAGUAUGGCUGCUUCUGUGAUGAGCACCAUCAUAGACCAAACAAUGAGAGCUACGACUCGUCCAUCACCUGUGAAAGCAGUUCAGGCACUAUGUCUGUGUCGCGGUGUCAGCUGUUUGAGGCCGGCUUCCACUCCAAUGCUCUUCAUCUUAAAGAUAGGUCCUGCAAUGGAACUCUUCAGAAUGGAAGACUUGUUUUCCACUUUGAUAAUGAUGGUCAUCUUUGCGGGACGGUUCUCAUGAGCAAUGGAACCCAUUUCAUGUAUGAGAACACUAUUCAGGGGGAUGUGGAUACUCAUGGAAUUAUAAUAAGUCGUCAGAGGAACAUCCAUCUGCGCUUCUCCUGCUCUUACCCUCUUUCCCAGGCUCUGUCUAUGGAUGUGGGCAUCAACCCUCUGGAGAGUGUAGUGAGGAAGAAACUUCCAGCUGGUGUUGGUGUGUAUCACAUGAUGAUGACCCCCUAUCAGGACGCAGCCUUCCACUAUCCCUUCAACUCUAAUACAAACAUAGAAAUGGUGGUAGAUGAGAGGCUUUAUAUUGAGGUGCGGGCUGAAGGGGUGGACCAACACCAAAUUUCUACGGUUCUGGACUCAUGUUGGGCGACACCCGUCAACAUUGCAAACUACCCUGUUCGCUGGAAUCUCAUUGUUGAAGAGUGUCCCAAUCCAGAUGACGGUACAGUUGAACUGGUUGAGAAUGGCAUCUCCACUGUGUCCCGUUUCUCCUUCAAGAUGUUCACCUUUACCAACUCCUCAUCCAUUUUCAUUCACUGUAAUGUCCACUUGUGUCUGUUGAGAAACAACAAUUGCACAGCCCACUGUUAUCCGGGUCACCCCACACGCUUCAGGAGGGACUUGUCCUAUCACGAUUCUUCAGCCAUCUCAGUGGGACCGCUAGAUCUGAAACCACGUACCGUUGGAAGAAUCCAAAGCAGCAGUGCGCCAAGACAGAUGACAUCUGUCCUCACCCUGAUCAUUGUUUUGCUAACUGUCAAAAUUCUGAUUGAUUGAGUUUAUUUUAUUAUUUUGAUUUCUUAAAUUUUAUCUUGGGUUAUUGUUUGGGUUUGUUUUACAUAAACAAUCAGGUGAAAGCUGAAGCAGUUUAGCCUUCAGUGUGGCGGUAGGGCCCUUGUAAUGCACUUUGAGGUCAUAAUUUACUUUGUAUGUUUGACUUUCAUUCAGUAUUGUUUGUCCAUAAUGAAUUUUAAAGUACUAAUGAGUAAACUUAAACAAUAGAGUAAAGGGAUUCAACGACUUUAGUGUAGUGUAAACUGAUUUAAUGUAAUGCAAAUUUAUAAUAACCAUUUUGCCCGUCAGUCAAAAAAGUUAUCUUUUGAUUAUUUUAAUAAAAAAAUAUAUUUUACUGUCUACUUGAAUAAAUAUAGAUUAGUUGUUCUUACUUGUAGGGUUUCUUAUUAAUAAAGGUGUUUUGUUAUUAUUUCUAACAACAAUAACAAGCGGUGCAUUUUUCUAUCCUACUUUUAGACAUCUUUGUUUGGGGUAACAUUUGGAUUGCUUUUCAACCCUUUUUGGAACGGAAUUUGUAUAUUUGUUUUUCUUUUAAUACAACACGCCAUACAAAAGUCCAACGUCUGCAGUGAAACCCUGUGUCAUUUGUUCAUCCAAACAUAAUUUGACGGAAAAAAAUACGACUUCUUUGUUCUAUUAAACACUUAAAAAUAAAAACUUAUUA